AUGCCUAGCUUCCUCGCAAAUCUGCCGAGUACGUCCAAACAACAUGCCGCUACGAACACUGCCAGUGCUCAGAAAGGGAAAGGUGCUACCGCCAGCAAAAAGAAGAAUUACAUGGAUGAGUUACAGGAAGCCGAAAAAAGGAGAGACCAGACUAUAAAAUUUCACAUCGAAUAUGGGAACGGAAUGGAACAGUAUAACAUCAACCCUGAUUUAGGCCUGCCAGAAACGAGCGACAUAAGUCUGGGUAUCGCCUGCGUCACUGAGGCAAUCAGUCAGAAUAAAGCAGUCAAAUUCGCUCUCUACGAUACGUUUCAGUUCGAGAACUACCUUCAAGCCAUCACUACAAGACAAGAGGGUAAAGAUUUGGAUUUUGAGGGGUUCAAAAUUCGCCGUACUCGUUCUCCUAUAUACAUAUGCUACACCGACUUCAAGGUCUUCAAAUCCAUAAACAAGGAAACGGGCAAAAAGGAGGAGCAUCAUGAAGGUCAUCACAUUCUGGCGACAGCUCAUCGAGAGCUAGAUACCCGGGGUAAAAUCAUCAAAAGGAUCAGAUACUACGAUAGCGCGCCAGAAUGGCUCGAGGGCAUGCGUGACGUGGUAUUCGAGAGGACAAAGGAGGUCUUGAAGCCAUGGGGAGGCCCCAAGACGGACGCUGAAUCCAGGUGGGCAUGUGAGUGGGUACCGGUCGUGUUCCAGGGCACCGACAAGUGCGGCAUCCAUGUCAUUCUCAACGCUUGGACGCUCGCCCUGGGCCUCCAGCCGUACUAUGCACCGAAAAGGGGGUUAGCCGAUCGGUUCUACCAGCAUGCUUCGCGCCUCAUCAGUUGCGCCGUGCACGGCGAAGUCAGCAGCGAUCUCAUCAUGGCCUUCUUCCGCUUCUGGGGAUUCCUGGCGGAUCCGGACAGCGAUCCGCCGCCGGAUCGACGCUUCAAAAACACCUACGGCGUCCACAACGUUGCGUCGUUCGUCGACGGGACGGUGCGGGCUCCGCGCAUGUCGUCGUCGCCGCUGGACCCAGCCACAUCACUGCCGGGUGUAGCCGGGCCUUCGACUGCGGCAGCCCAGAUUUUAGGUCCGGACCAGCUUUCAAUAUCAAGAAAGUCUUCGAAUGAAACCAUCUACGUUGAUUCAGAGGGAGAUCUCAGUGACCCUGAUUCCCAGGACGAGGGCAAUCCAGACAAAAAGCAUGAUCACGACGGAGAGGAUAAUCCCGAUCAAGGGGACAAUUCCAACGAAGAGCAGAGUUCCAAUGAACAACACUCUCGAGCUUUCUGGCCAGAGGGCGCGGAGAAAUAUCCUUGCCGGUUUUUGGAAGAAAGCCUACGACGUGCGGACCGAAUUGCGGACCUCGUUAAAGAGAGGGAGAAUCCACCAGACGACGUAAAUGGCCCAUUCAUUAAGCUAAACAAUCGAUGGAUGUGGUGCGCCAGCAUAGCAUCCGUCACGGAGGCGAUUAGCUUGAAUGGCUAUGAACAGAAUCCUUAUCUCGAUUCAGAGAUAGAGAAUGACGGCACGGAAGAUCGCGACUACACCGUCAGGGACUAUGAGAAAGAUUUUACCGAAGACCAAAAGGAAGAUGCAGAGGAUCUCAUGGCAGCAGUCAAAAAGAAGCAGAAAGAACAUCGGACCGAGAAGAGAAUCUUCUCCUUUUACGGCCUCCAUUGCUUGAAAAGGGCUGACUUGAACGUGGAGAAGGCUCCAGGAUUUGGGGUUCUGCGCAGGAUGGAGCCCAUCAUGAUUCCAAUCUCCCGCAGACAUCUAGUAUACGCCACCUCGCAUCCUGAAGAGGAACUUCCAAGGAUAACGCACUACUGGGUCGAGUCCUUGGAAUCUCCCGGCCUCCCAAACCGUCGCGAGAGAUUUAUUCAAGAGGAUAUUGUGAGAGUUCUGCUAAAAGACCUGAACUGGGGCCCGGAACAGGAAGUGGAGAAAAGGUUCGCACGGAAUGACAUUUGGAACCUCGUAUCCCCGGUCGACCCCAACCUGCUCCUCCCACCGCAGAUGCGCCAGGAAAAAGAAGUGGCCCACCUCGUCCUCACCGCGUGGACCAUCGCCCUCGGCUUCCGCCCUCCUUCCACGCCCGUCAUCACCGCCGACCACAGCGACCACUACUCCAAAAUCGACUAUCUCAUCCUGCGCGCGGCGCAGGGCCUCGUCGACUCGGCUACUAUCUUCGCCGGCCUCCGCUGUCUGGGCUGGAUUCCGAAGGGCGUCUUGGCGCCGCCUGAGAGCGUGCGCUUCGACAGGACGAUGUCGUUCGGGUGGAAUCCGGACGACAUGAGUGAUUAUUACGACUAUAAGAGAAGAGAAGUCCCAAGGGAGGAACUUCAAGCUCGUUUGAAAGCUCUGAAAGGCAGGUUCAAUGACGCAUCGGAGAAGCUCGGCGAGGCCCGUAGAGAGUACGAGGAGAGAUACGACGAGCCAUAUGACGAGGAUAAUGUGUCGAGGAGAUCGGCGAUGACGUCGAUCGAGGAAGAGGAGGAUGAGCUGGCCAAGCUCAUAGGGGCGGCCGAAGAGGCUUACGCGAACGAAAAUGCUGCGAGAGAAAUGCUCGACGAAGAAAGAGAAGGGCUAAAGAGGAGGAUCGCAGAGCUGAAGUCGCUAGACGUCGGGUGUCGUGGCCACGCCAUAUGGAAUGACACCAAGACCCCGGCUAAGGCGCUGGAUCCCGAGGGUGAAGACUCGGAGUACGGGGAUGAGUGGCUGCGCCAUGCUGAGCUGGAGGCGGCGAAGCGAGCGUUCGAGGACGGGAAAUCUAGGUACGGCGCUGCGAUUAAGAAUCUUCCGGUCACGAUGGCCAAGGACCAGGACGAGGGGCUCCGACGGCUGCACGCGCCGGAGGUGCAGGAACUGACUGCAGCCGCUGAUACUCCCACACGCCUGCCCCCACAAGCACCACUACGGACAACACCACCGGCGACUGAAGAUGGCGGCACGGCGAGCGCUGCGGAGGACCCGAGGGGGCUGAAGAGAUCGUACGAGGAAUUUGCGGAUGAGAGGCUAGUGGUGGAUCCUUGCAGUGACGAGUACGAUGAAUUGAAGAAGAUACAUUAUAGUCGGGGCACAUCGGCUGGCAACACUGUUUAG